UGAUUCCAUGUUAACAGGGAAGCCCGUUCUACUGACUCUGGACCCGUUUCAUUUGUUAUCAAUUCGCGGCAUUGAUUUUCCCGUCACUUCCUCUCUGCUGUAGCAUGGCAUUGAUCGGGGUCCGGUGUUGGUGCGCUGCAGGCCAAUCCCCUGCGCUGUGCCAGGGUGGAGAGUGCAUCAUUGACAUCUGCAGCCACACGACAGAUGGCAAAACGAGCGUAUGAAACAUGAACAACCUCUCGCAUGUUUCUGAGCACACUGAGCUGAAAAAAGGAGCCGGGAAUACUUGGGUCAUGGCUCGAUGGUCAAGAUAAACGACGAGCUGAGUUUCUGGUUUAAAUCAGAGCUUCAUGUCUGACUCGGACCUGGGGAAGGGUGGGGAACCGGCCAUCAGGAAUCCUGAAUGUCACCAUCUUCCAGCCCCGAGGAUGGAGCUGCUCAGCCCCGCCAAGGGGAAGGACCGGCCACAGAACGUCACAGAGAAGGUCACGCAGGUGCUUUCUUUGGAGUCUGACGUGCUGCCUGAAUACAAACUCCAGGUCCCAGAGACAACAUGGUGGAUUUUGUUGCACUACAGCCCCUUCAAGGCAUUCUGGGACUGGAUUAUUCUCCUCCUGGUCCUGUACACGGCUGUCGUCACUCCUUACUCAGCGGCGUUCCUCUUGGACGAACAUGGGAAUUUACGUCAAAGGCGCUGCGGCUACACCUGCAACCCUCUGAACAUAGCCGACCUCAUGGUGGACGUCCUCUUCAUUGUGGACAUAGUCAUCAACCUUCGCACGACAUACGUGGAUCCAAACGAUGAGGUGGUGACGCAGCCGAGCCGCAUAGCCAAGCAUUAUCUCAAAGGCUGGUUCCUUAUUGAUCUGAUGGCAGCCGUCCCGUUUGAUCUCCUCCUUUUCAGAUCUGGCUCUGAUGAGAUGGCAACCUUAACAAGCCUGCUGAAAACUGCUCGGCUGUUGAGAUUGGUCCGUGUGGCACGGAAGCUGGACCGAUAUUCCGAGUACGGAGCCGCCGUCCUCUUCCUGCUCAUGUGCACCUUUGUGCUCAUCGCCCACUGGUUGGCCUGCAUUUGGUAUGCCAUUGGCUUUGUGGAGAGGCCGUACACGGAGACCGGCUGGCUGGACAACCUGGCUGAGCAGCUGGGAAAGGCCUACAACGACAGUGACUCCAGCUCUGGUCCGUCAGUCAAGGACAAGUACAUCACUGCUCUGUACUUCACCUUGAGCAGUUUGACAAGCGUGGGCUUCGGUAACGUCUCUCCAAACACCAACUCUGAGAAGAUCUUCUCCAUCUGCGUCAUGGUCAUUGGAUCCCUCAUGUAUGCCAGCAUAUUUGGGAACGUGUCUGCCAUCAUCCAGCGUUUGUAUUCUGGUACGACCCGGUACCACACUCAAAUGCUGCGAGUCAAGGAGUUCAUCCGCUUCCACCAGAUCCCAGGCAGUCUGCGGGAAAGGCUGGAGGAAUACUUCCAGCACGCCUGGUGUUACACCAACGGCAUCGAUAUGAAUGCUGUGUUGAAGGGUUUUCCAGAGUCUUUGCAGGCAGACAUCUGUUUGCACCUGAACCGUUCUCUGCUGCAGAACUGCAGCGCUUUCCAUGGAGGCAGUCAGGCAUGUCUGCGUGCCUUAGCUGUGAGGAUCAAGAGAGUCCACGCUCCUCCAGGAGACACUCUGAUCAACAACGGAGACGUCCUGGACUCCCUCUUCUUCAUCUCACGUGGUUCCAUUCAGGUCACAAGAAAUCAUGUGGUGGUUGCCAUUUUAGAAAAGAAUGACAUCUUUGGCGAGUUUAUCCACCUGUAUGAUGAACCAGGGAGGUCCAACGCAGACGUGCGCACCAUCACCUACUGCGACCUGCACUGUAUCCCCAGGGACGACCUGCUGGAGGUCCUGGACAUGUACCCAAGCUUUGCUGACAAAUUCUGGAGGAACCUGGAGAUCACGUUUGACCUACGAGACAUUCACGGGCAGGUAGCCGAUCAGCUGCCACAGAUAAUAACAACUGAUGAUUCUGGUGAUGACUGUGGAUGCCGCCAUAAGGCAAGACACUCGCUUCACUGUCGAAUAAGGCCAGAGGGAAUUGAUCAUGAAGACUCGUACCCCCUCCGGUCCUGCCAUCACUCCCCUCCUCAGGCCGCCUGGGAGGACCUCUGGAGCAGUGCAUCCUCCUGUUCUCAGUCAAGUGAGGACUUGGCCAGGCCUCUGGCACACAAUGCCAGAGAAGAGAUUUACCCUCCAAAAGAUGCCAGGCUGGACUGCUCUCCUCCUGUCAGGAAGCUGCUGCCCCAGAGUGAAACGUCAGUGGCGAGGGAUGCAGUGCUGGACCGGGGACAUCAGGGAAUGUAUCAAUACUGGCCAGAGCAACAGUCGCAGAUUUCCAAUCACGUCUGGCAAUCGUCCUCUGUCUGCAACUCGAGCAACCCGCCACCGUUCCCAGAAGAAAGCCCGAGUGAGCUGCAGUCUCAGCUGGACGUCUUACAUUCACAGCUCAACAGACUGGAGACCCGGGUCACAGCUGACAUCAAUGUUAUCCUGCAACUUCUCCAAAGGCAAAUUGCUCCCGUACCUCCGGCUUACAGCACUGUGUCAUCCAGUGCCCUCCUCACUGAUUCAUCCGGGCUGUAUGGGACGCGGACCCCUAUGCUGCACAGCAUGUAUUCCAUCUCUCCCAUGCAGAUGGACAGCCAGCAACCAUCACAGAGCUUGGGCCAGACUGUUCUUAAAUCUUCCAAAAAGUCCCAGGAGUCCAUGUCCAGCGGCAUUCAUAUGACAGCAGCAUCGGAUGACACAAUGUCCAUGACCGUCACCCCUGAAACUGACACUCAUCCAGGGUUAAAUCUGCAGUCGCCACAGCAGUCGGGCAAAUCGUCCCUCCUGACCAACUCAGGAUUAUGUGAGAGACUCCGCUGUCCCUCGCUGCCGGGGAACCUGGACUUCCCCUCAGGGCGGGCGGAGAUCCAGAAGCAUGUCUCUGACCCGGGGCUGCCUGCCAUCUGACUCCCAGAUAGAAAGUAACAACACAAGGCCACUUAGGUUUUUGGAAGGAGCCAGAUAAUGAAUCAUGUCUCUUCAAUCCACCAACACAUCAGAUAUCAGAAUAAGUUUGGACAGAAAAAGUUUUUCCAAAUCAG